AUGUCACUCAGGUAUCUUUUCACAGUAUUGUUAGCGGCCAUCGGUACCUCGUCCCUUGAGUUGUUGCCUCCGUUGCCACGAAGCGAUAAUGAUUUGACCACGGCAGCGACCUGGGACUUGGCAAAAACCGCAAAGACAAUCUUUGUUGAUUCGUCAUUUGCCAACGUAUCCGACACCGAUGGUCUCACACUCAUCCCACCGACGGCCUACGACUUUGCCUCGACUUUCCGCGAUGAUAUCAGCAUCCUGUUGUCGCAAAAUUGGACCUUGGAACGCGUGAAUGGCCUUCCGAACCUCAACAACGCAAGCGGCAUCUUUCUUGGCAAGUACAAUGGCACUGCAAAAUAUGAGAACGGUUCUCCUACCACGGAAGGUUACGAAUUGCGGGUGACAUCGCCUUCUUCAGUCUUCAUCGGUGGGAGUGGAGCACGGGGAAUGUUCUGGGGGACCCGCACCCUCCUGCAGCUCAUCAUGACGAACUCGCUCACUGGCGGUAGUGGUAGCUUGUCUGUUGGCUUCCGCACCACUGAUGCACCCGCAUAUGCUACCCGUGGCUUCUUGCUUGACGCUGGACGAAAAUGGUAUUCCCCGUCCUUCCUGAAGGAGCUCUGCAGCUAUGCGAGUUUCUUCAAGAUGAGCGAGUUUCACUAUCACCUUUCGGACAAUUACCCACUCAACCGGGGGAAGAACGAGUCUUGGCAAGAUGUGUAUAGCCACUUCUCCUUGCUGCCAGAGAAGGAUACCGAGUUGAAGGCCAUCCUGCACGGACGAGAAAACGAGACCUUGAGCCGUGAUGACUUUAUGGAUCUGCAGCAGCACUGUGCCAGCAGAGGUGUCACGGUCAUGCCUGAGAUCGAAGCUCCUGGCCACUGCCUGUACCUCACCAAGUGGAAACCUGAGUUGGCCCUCCCUAAAAAGGACCUGCUUAACCUUACGCACCCGGAAACGAUACCAACCGUCAAGCGCAUUUGGGCCGAGUUUCUCCCCUGGUUCCGGACCAAGGAGGUGCACAUAGGUGCUGAUGAAUACGACCGCGAUUUGGCCGAUGACUAUAUCGAUUUCGUCAACGAGAUGUCGCGCUGGGUGAACAAGACCUCCAACAAGCGGGUCAGGAUCUGGGGAACAGACGAGCCUUCGGAUAAGCUGACCAUUGACCGCGACAUUAUCAUCCAGCACUGGCAGUACGGCCAGUCAGAUCCUAUCCAGGUUCUCCAAGACGGCCACGAUCUGAUCAACUCGCAGGACUGGUGGGCAUACACAUCUAUCAAGAACGACCACGCACCAAUCCUUCCAGCGCGCUACCCGCAGUUCUUCAACGAAUCGCGCGUUCUCAACUUUGCCGACCAGGAAGGUUGGCAGUGGCAGCCAAGCGACUUUAACCCCUUCAACAAGACGAUGCAGGUCGAUCCCGCCGCCAAGGGGCUCCGCGGUGCGAUACUGGCGGCGUGGAACGACAACGGCCCGGACGCGUCGACCCAGCUCGAGGCGUACUAUUCGAUGCGCCGAGGCAUCGCUCUGACCGGUGCGAGGGCCUGGAGCGGUAAGAGGGGCGUAGAGCUCAACCCUGAUCUUGUAUCCACGAGCGUGGAUUUCUUUUCGCCGCUCGUGCCAGCGCAGAACUUGGACAGGACGGUGCGGGGAACGAACUUGACCUCCGUGCCGACGGGUAGCAGCAGCGCCAACCGCAACCCGGUGAUUAGCUGGAAGGUCGGCGAGGAGUGGGUUACCGAGGGGAGCAAGGGGAUGAACUACACCCUGACGCUGACCGCCGACGGGCCCUUUUCGCUGAGCGGGCCUGACAACAGCCUCAGUCUAAUUCAGUCUGAAAAUGGGCAUUCUUUAGUUUUUGAGGCCGACGGCUACGUGUAUCCUUUGCGCUCUGUGUCUGCUAACGACGGGAUGGAGUUGGAUCCGGGUCAUCCAGGUCGGAUCUGGGUCAAUGCCUCUUCAAACCACGAAGUCAUUGACAGCAUUUCGACACCGGCCAACAUCACGAUUACAACGGACGUGUUGCACGGCAGUCUGGUCUGGAUUAGCGGGCAAUUCGUGGGGCGAUUCGAGGUGUUUGUGUACGGUGGGCGGAACACACAGUUUAGCUGGAGUCAAAUGGCGUUUGUUGCGCCUUUGAGAAAGAUGGACGGCGGGUUGACAAGUCUUGUGUUGGAUGAUGGGGGGGCAACACCAAUCGACGUCGUCAAGACGCGAAUCCAGGUAGACGAUGCAAUGAAGGGCCUCAACAUGGUCAAGGCGGCACGGACUAUCGCAGCCAAGGAAGGCGCCUCGGCGCUGCUGACGGGCUUCGGCCCCACAGCGGUCGGUUAUCUGGUGCAGGGUGGCAGCAAGUUUGCAGGCUACGAGUUCUUCAAGAAGAGGUUCGUCGAGAUGGCCGGCGGGCCCGAGAGGGCAGUGCAGCACCGGAUGGGCAUCUACCUGGGGGCCAGCGCGACGGCGGAAUUCUUCGCCGACAUCCUGCUGUGCCCGCUCGAGGCGACGCGGAUCAGGCUGGUGUCGCAGCGCGGGUACGCGACGGGGUUGGCGACGGGGUUCGCGCGCAUGGCGAGGGAGGAAGGGCUGCGCGGCUUCUACUCGGGCUUCGUGCCGCUGCUCUUCAAGCAGGUGCCGUACGCGGUCGGACAGUUUGCGGUGCACGAAGCGGCGGUCGAGGGCAUCUACCGCACGAUCGGGCCAGAGAAGAAGGCGACGUUGACGCACGCGCAGGCGACGGGCGUGGAGUUGGCGUCGGGCAUCGUGGCGGGCGUGGCGGCCGCGGUGCUCUCCCACCCGGCAGACACGCUGCUCUCGGCCAUCAACAAGGGGGCGGGCGACAAGGGUCAGGGGGCGACGGCGCGCAUGUUCCAACUGGCAAGGGAGUUUGGCCCAAAGAGGCUGCUGCUAACGGGGCUGGGGCCCAGGAUUUUCAUGACGUGCGGCCUGGUCGCGGGGCAAUUUGUCAUCUACGCGCAGUGCAAGGCAUUGGUGGGUGCCGCGCCGGGUGUUGAAAUUCACAAGGAGGACUAA